AUGGUGUUCUACAGGAAGGAUCAAGAGUCGCAGCAAUUGACGGACGAGGAGAGGCGCAAGAAGAGGAUGAAAUGGACGAUCGGCAUCACCGCCUUUGUCAUCUUCCAGGUAGUCCAGGCCCUCUUCUUUGUCCUUGUCAUCAUGAAGUUCAAGUCCCCCAAGUUCAGGGUCGGCGAGUUCGACAUCCAGUCCCUGAACGCUGGUACUCAGGCCUCGCCCUCAUUCGACAUGACCUUCGUCGCCCCGAUCCGGAUCAAGAACACCAACUGGGGCCCCUUCAAGUACGAUGCCACCACCGUUAACUUCGUCUACGGAGGCGUUCAGGUGGGAGAGGUGGCUAUUCCAAAGAGCAAGGCCAACUUCAAGUCCACCAAGAAGAUUGACGCCAACGUGACCUUGAACUUCACAAACUUGCCGAGCGAUUCGACUCUUGGGAGUGAGUUGAGCUCAGGAGUUAUAACAUUGAACAGCCAAGGCGAGCUCAAAGGGAAAGUGACAGUUAUGUUCAUGUUCAAGAAGAACAAGACCUCGCAAAUGAACUGCACUAUGGCCAUUGAUGUGUCUGCAAAGGCAUUGAAGUCCUUGUCAUGCAGAUGA